AUGCUCUUCAAGUACGCCAGCAAGAUCUGUCAACCGAUCCCAGGGCAUCGGCACUUGAACCAUGGACAGUUGGAUCGGUGGAUCGACGACGAGCUGCUGAAGUGCGACUGGCUGAUAGCCGAGGGCCAGGAUCCUGGAAUUCCCGACACGCCCGAGCUGCUGUUGGAAGGUAGUUCUCCUCCACCGCAGUGGGGCCGCCCAGAUCUUUUCGCGAGGCUGCCUGACAUGUCUUGGCUCUGUUUGCUCUGUGGCCGCACUGCCUCCGACAGUCACGUGCAAGGAAAGGACCAUACCAGGUACUUGAAGUAUGAUGAGACGAGAGUGCAGCAGGCCAUCAGGGCUACACGGGAAAAGUUCAAGCUGCAGUCUUCUAGCUCUGGCGACCCUAGCAUCUCUGCAGAAGAUGCAGCAGGCUACCCGCCGGAGUCCACCCCGGAGGCGAGAUGCGACCCCUCUGCCGAUGGUCCCCCGGCUUCCUGGGGCCGCAAGGACAUUUUUCUGAAACUGCCGGAUGGUUCGUGGACUUGCCUGCUCUGCGACCGGGGCGCCACAGACGAGCACGUUGGGUCGAAAAAGCACGAGAACAACCUCAGAUACUCAGACGGAGAGAUCUUGAAAUGGGUAGCCCAAAACAGGCAGAAGCACGCAAAGACACAAGGCGCAUCUACUGCAGCAGCAGCUUCCGAGGAGGCGGAGACGGCAGCUCCUGCGAUGCCCAUACAAGGAGGAGCUCAGAGACCUCCGGCAAGUUGGGGUCCAACCAAGUUCUACUGGCUCAACAAGGAUGGAGUUUGGGAGUGUCUCCUGUGUGACAAAUUCGCCACCGAAGAGCACGUACAGAGCAAAAAUCAUAUCAGGUAUGCUAAAUUUUCCGAGAAGGAUAUUGACAAAUACAUCCGCGAAACGCUUGCGCGAAAGCAGAGCUGA